CCAGCUGAUCUCAGCGCUCAAGUCACUUUCUAUAGGUUUGAUCCUGAAGAUCUGUUGUGAGUUCAGCUAAGAGUUUCCCAGUGUUACGAAACUCCCUCUGACUCAGAGCCAGAGCUUGGAGCACUUAAAUAGGGACACAGCAGCUCACAGCAGCUCACAGCGCUAACAGCAGCAGCUGAAACUCCAGACACUGCAGAGUCCUCACUCCGACUCCACCAGCUUUACUAUCUUCAUCAUCUCCAGUGUCUCCAGAGUUUCCAUCAGGAUGAACAGCAGAAUCGUGGGGGUGUGUUUACUUUUGGCCGUCUUCACUCUGACCGAAGGUAUGAGUCUACCUGGUCUGGGCGUGGAACCCCGGUGCCGCUGCAGUGGAACCGAGAGCAGACGGAUCGGCAAACUGAUAGAGAGCGUGGAGCUCUUUCCCCCGAACCCCCACUGCAAAGAGACAGAGAUCAUAGCGACGCUAAAGAACACCGGUCAGGAGAUCUGUCUGGACACUAAAGCUCCAUGGGUCAUGAAGGUCAUCGAGAAGAUCAUGGCCAACCGGUCACCCUGAAGUCGGACACUGCUCUCUUGUCCAAUGUCAUUUCCUGAGGUUUUUCUCAGGCUCUUCCGGAAAGUGUCUCUGACCUGGUGGUCGUUUCUCCUGUUGCUCUCUUGAAGACCAAUAAACAAGGCCAACAUUUGUAAACUGGAUUAUUUAUAUCAGUAUUUAUGUAUGUAUGUUAUUUAUAAUGUACAGAAAAGCCAGAAUAAAUAAGUAUUAAAAUAUUUAUGCAUAUGAAGAGUAUGUUGUGUACAUAUUGUUCUGAAUAUUAAUAAUGUAACAAGCUGAAGUGCCUGUUACGAUUCAGUAUUCACACAAAUGUUUUUAUUUUUUUAAAAAGCAAUAAAAAAAGUAUUUAAAUGAAAA